UAGAGGAUGGAGCAGGACGCACCUGUGGGACGUGACAGAAAUCCUGAGAUUCCAACUAACUCACAACUUUCUGAACUGUCUGUACAGCAGACAUAUAUUUUUUUGUUUUAUAGUUGCUAGUGUGUCGUUCAUUUAGAUGCGCAUUUAACCGCGUGCAUCCGUUAAUUUUGAUCUAAAUCGAACGGUUAAUCCUAUUUGAUAACGCUACCAGCGCAUGGGACUGGAGCGAAACAUUUCUUUUUCGGCCCUUUCUUGCUGUUUUUGGAUUAAAAUCAACCGUUUCUGAAUGAGCGACACGGAAAAUUACAGCUCGGAUUCCAAAUUGGAAUCUAUAAUACAGAGGGUGGAGGAGAGUGUGCUGUCUGAGGAGAAGAGGCUGACGGUCCGAGGCGCCUCCCCAGAAGACCCAACUACGUGUCUACCUGCACGGGUCCGAGAGAUUGUCACCAAGAACCUCAACGAGAGCUCACCAGGAGCCAUGUUCUCAGUGAUGUCUGUCCAAGAGGAGAACCGGGUGCUGCAGGUAGAGCUGGGAAGGCUGGAAGACCUGCUGGCCCAUAGCAAGGCGGACCGCGAUGAGCUGGCUAUCAAAUACAGCGCAAUCAGCGAGAGGCUAGAGCGUGCGCUCUGCCUGGAGACGGGUGACGGGGAGCAGGAUUCACCAGAGUCUCGCAGCCUGGCUCAGCAGAACGUGGACCUGCGCCGACGUCUGGAUGAGGAGCAGGCGGCCUACAAGCGUAAACUCACAGCCUACCAGGAGGGCCAGCAGAGACAGGCUCAGCUGGUGCAGAAGCUGCAGGCCAAGAACACACAAAUGAACACAAAACAGGUCCUGCAGUACAAGAAGAGGUGUGGAGAUCUAGAGCAGACUCUAGUGGAGAAGUCCUCGGAACUGGAGCUGCACAGACUGAGUGGUCGUUGUGUUAUGUCCAGCAACAGUCACCGUGGAGAAGAGGUGGAUCCAUGCGGCGACCUGGAAAAUGCUCUGAUCCGGUUGGAGGAGGAGCAGCAAAGGAGCAGCAGUCUGUCUGCAGUGAACGCCAUGCUGAGAGAGCAGUUGGAGCAGGCAGAACUGGCCAAUGAGGCACUCAGCCAGGACAUACGCAGGCUCACUGCUGAUUGGUCCAAAUCCAGGGAGGAGCUGGAGCAGAGGGAGUCUGAUUGGAGGAGGGAGGAGGAGUCUUUCCACAGUUAUUUCAGCAGUGAGCACAGUCGUCUACUGUCCCUAUGGCGACAGGUGGUGGGCUUCCGUAGGCAGGUCUCUGAGCUGAAGGGCGCUACAGAGAGAGACCUGUCUGACAUGCGUAACAAGCUGGUACAGACCUCCCACUCUAUCCAGUCGUCCUGCUCUGGCCUGUCCUCCACGCUGCGCAGCCAGGAGGGAGGGGCACUGGCUCUGGAGCGGGAGGUGGCGCUGCGGGAGGUGGCGCUGCGGGAGGUGGCGCUGCGGGAGGUGGCGCUGCGGGGGCAGCUGGAGCUGCAGCUCAGAGAACGGGUGGCCGAGAUGAUGAGCCUGCAGACCAGGACAGACGCAGAGAGGGCCGAGCUCAACGCCAGAAUGUCAGAUGCAGUGCAAGAGUGGGAGAGGCUGAAGGGGCAGACUGAGGAGAGAGACAGAGACAUGGCCUCUCUGACCAGGAGACUGGAGGAGCAGAAUGGUAACGAUGAGACAGACAUGCAGGUGAUGAGAGCUCAUACUGAAACACUGCUGGACACACUGAGAGACAUCGCACAGACUGUCCUGUCCGAUGGGGACUCGUCAUCAGAGGCAGACCAGGAGAACACCGAAGCUCCUCUAUUGGUUCUGCUCCGUGGCUCCUCCCCUCACCGCUCCUCGUCACCACGGCGAUCCACCUCUCCCAGACGCUACUCCUCGUUGGCACCCGUCCCAGAAGCCAGCCUGUCUGCCCUGCGCUCUGCUGUCAACAGCAGACAUCUCCAGCUGCAGGAGGUCCGGGCGUGUCUGUCCUCUGCCCAUUCAUCAUUGCAGACACUGCGCAGACAACUCACAGAGGUGGAGUCAGCCAAGCGAGAGGCAGAGCAGCACAGUCGGACCCUGCAGGGAGAGAGGGAUGGAGUUCAGAUAGAAAAAGACACCACGCAGAGAGAGAGAGACCGUCUGAAACAAGACAGAGACACACUGGCUAGUGAGAAGAUGGCUGUGGAGAAGGCAGCCCAGACAGCUCUGAUCAAGGCCCAGAUCCUGCAAAUGGACGUUGAAAAGCUUCAGCAGGCCGUGACUUUGGCCCAGAGAGAGAGGGAUCACGAGAGAGAGGAGAAGGAGGCCGUACUGCAGGAGAAAGACCGAGCCAAGGCUGAGACCGAACGAGUUCAGAAGCAGUGGGAGCAGAGUGAGAGCUGGGCGUCUGUCCAGCGAGGGGAGCUGUCUGUAGUGAGAGAGACCUACCACCAGGCGGAGGUAGAGAAGCAGCUGCUGGAGGGGGAGAAGGCCCAGCUCACUGAGGCUCUGACCCGGGCUGAGAGCAGUAAUGCAGAGCUCUCUCUGCUGGUCAAUAAGCUUCACUCUGAGGUGGCUGCCCUCCAAGACUCUCUGGCCAAGAUGGGCAGCAUGAACGAGGGCCUGGCCCAGGACAAGUCUGACCUCAACUCCAUCAUCUGCCAGCUGGAGGAGGAGAAGGCCCACAUGCAGGCGCAGAAGCGUGAGGCGGAGCAGGAGAAGCUGACCAUCAGAGAUGAGCUGGUCCGAGUGGAGCAGGACAGACUAGAGCUGGACACCGCCCGCCUCGCCCUCCACCAAUCACUGCAAGAGUCCGAGCUGAGCAGGGUGGGAAUGGAGGCGGAGCUUCAGAGUCUCCGGGCAGAUAGAUUGAAGCUGCAGGACAAAGUCACUCAGUUGUGUGGCGAGGUGAGCUCUCUGGGGGCGGAGUUGGGCAUGGCCCGGGGUGAGGAGCAGAGACAGGGCGUGGCCCUGGAGGAAGUAGGGCGGGGCAGGGUGGAGCUGGCUAGAGAGAGGGCGGGGCUGGUUGUCCAGCUGACUGCGUCAGAGAGAGAGAACACCAACCUGACUGAGGAGCUGGCCGUAUUCAGGUCGGAGCGGGAGGCCCUGGAGACCAGCCUGUUUGAGGUGCAGCAGCAGCUGGUGCAGCUGGAGUCUGGCAGAGAGCAGCUGGAGACAGAGAUCCAGAGCCUGCGGCUGCGCUGUGAGACAACCACUGCGGAGCUGAGGCGUGUGCGAGUUGAUGGGGAGAAUGCAUUGGCACAGAGUGAGCGGGAGAGAGAGGCUCUGAGCCAGGCCCUGAGCAGCAUCCAGCAGGAGUCCCAGCAGGCACUACGCAUCGCCAUCACUGACCACCAGGAGGAGGCAGAGAGACUGAUCGCUGAGAAGGAGGCCCUGCGUCACAGUCUGGAGUCUGAACAGGAGGGGGCACUACGACGGGUCAGACAGGAGGCCGAAGAGCAGCUCCUCAGAGCCGAGAGAGACCGGGAAGACCUGAGAGAUGAAGUGAGGAGUCUGCAGCAUGACAGAGACCAGAGUCUGCUACAGGCAGAGACAGAGAAACAACAGAUGCUGUCCCAGAAGGAAGCAGAGAAGGCUGUGCUGUCUGAGAGAGUGUCCAUCCUGCAGGCAGAGCUGGGUACUGCAGCCCUGGAGCUGGACAGACUAGCCAGGGAGGCAGCUCAUUACAAAGACCAGGAGAGGGCCUCAGUGGGGGCUCUGACCGUUGAGUUACAGGAGCUUCGCUCUCAGCUAGAGGAUGCUGACAGUGUUCAUGAUCGGGAGCUACACAGGCUGCAGGAGAACUGCACUGACCUACAGACACACACUGACAUUGCACUCAAAGAGUUGGAGGAGUGCAGAGCUUCUCUCUCAGCCAGUGAGGAGAGCCGAGACCAGCUGAGGCGGGACAUGAUGGAGAUGGAAAGGUGCCUCAACCAAACCCGGGACACUGGAGAGGGGUACAGAAGGGACGGGGUGGAGCUACGGCGCACCGUCGGUGAUGUCACCAGGGAGAGAGACACUCUCAGCCUAUCAAAUGCCCAGCUGAGAGAGACACUGAGAAGUGCAGAUACUGAGAGAGUCAGUGUAAAGCGUCAGUGUGAGGAGAAGGAGCAGCGGCUGGCUGUUCUGGAGGAGAGCCUGUCGUCUGCCCAGAGAGAGGUGGCGGAACUCCGCAGCUGUUUGAGAGAGGUCGAGAGGUCACGACUGGAGGCCCGGAGAGAGCUGCAGGAGCUAUGCAGACAGGUGAAGGUGCUUGAUGGAGAGAAGGAACAGAAAGGGAAGGAGGUGGCUGAGCUGCAGACGCGUCUCUCCCUGGAGGAGCAGAGAGAGGAGGAGAGAGGGAGGGCGAUGUUCUCUCUCAAACAGAAGCUGGUCGAGGCUGACACAGCCAGGAUCUCCAUCAAGAAAGAGGUGUCCAUCCUCCAGAGGCGUCUGUCAGAGUCAGAGUCAGGCUGUCGGGGCUGUGAGAGGGAGCUGACGGCCCAGCUGCAGGAGGCCCGGGGCUGUGAGAAGAAGCUUCAGGAUGAGGCCAGGAACCUGUCCCUGCGGGCCCAGACAGCCCAGGACUCCCUCACCCUGUCUAGCCUGCAGCUCAGCGAGGCCCAGGGCCGCCUGGCAGCCACAGAGGCAGAGCUGGCCCGGUCCGAGGCCGGACGUAGGGAGCUGGAGUUCCGCCUGGGCAGCCUGCAGUCGGCGCUGACCCGUACACUGGGCAUCGGGGCGGGGGGCCGGAGCAGUGCCAGCUGGGGCAGGAGCCCCAGGGGGAGCUCCCCAGCAGCAUCCCACAGCAGCAUCACACGUCACCGUAGCCUCUCGCCCCUACGCUGCUCACUGUCGCCCCCUAAAGAUUUUGGAGGUUCGACCCCUGACAACACGUUGGGCUGCUCCAGGCCGAUCUCCCCAGAACUCCCCGAUCUCCCCAACACGCCCCUCCCCAUGCCUCUGCCUGAGCUGGACCCUGAGACGCUGCGCUGUGGCCUUCGAGACUUCCUCCAGGAGCUCCGAGACUCUCGGAGAGACAGGGAUGGGGCUCGCUGUCAGUUGGGUGCGCUACAGAGUGAGCUGGAGGUGGUGACGGGGGAGAGAGACUCCGCCCAGAACCACCUUUCUCAGCUACACAACACACUACAGGAGUGCCAGGAGGGUAAGCGUAGUGUUGACGGGCGUCUGAGCUCCACCCAGGCUAUGCUCCAGCAGCAGGAGGAGACUGUGAGGAGGGGAGAGAGGGAGAGGAGGGCCCUCACUGACAGAGUCAAGGUUCUGGAGAGAGCCCUGCAGAAUGCAGAGACGGACAGGAAACACACACAGGACCAGUUGAGUAAGCAGCGUGCGGGUGAGGUGCGUCUGGAGGCUGAGCGCAGGCGACUGCGGGAGGCCCUGGAGGCUGCCGAGGCCCGGGGGACCAGGGUGGAGCUGGGGAGACGCAGCCUGGAGGGGGAGCUGCAUAGACUCAAACUGAGCCUGGGGGACAGGGAGGCUGAGAGCCAGGCCACCCAGGAGCGCCAUGACGUACUACUCAAACAGGUGGCGGAGGGGGAGAGCCGUGUGACGUCGCUCCAGAGAGAGGUGGACAGGCUGAGCCAAGCUCUGUCUAAAGUCCAUGAAGGAGAGGCCUGUCUCAGAGAGAAGACCCAGAACCUUUCACAGAGCCUCCAGGAGGCCACGGCUGCCCACAGCGCCACCCAGGGGCGCCUGGUCGCACUGCAGAAGACCCUGGGGCUGGCCGAGCAGGACCGCAGGCAUCUACAGGAACGAGUGGAUGGAGCGCGGGCCUCCCUGGCGGAGGGGAAGAGAGGCAUGGUGGCCCUCACUGAGCGAGUGCAGAGCCUUCAGACUGAGCUGACCCAGAGCGAGCUGAGACGAGGAGAGCUGGAGGCAGAGCUGGCCCACACACAGGAGGCCCUGCGUCAACGGUCCACCAGUCUGACAGAGGCCCAGCACAGUGCCCAGUCUGCCCAGGCAGAGAGAGCGACUGCAGAGGAGAGGCUGCGGGGGCUGCAGAGGGCCGUGGCCAUGCUGGAGACAGAGAAGAAAGAUGCGGAGAGACAGGCUGUCCGCCUGGAGAAGGACAGAAACGCACUGAGAAAUACACUGGACAAGGUGGAGCGUCAGAAGCUGAAGACUGAGGAGGGCAGCAUGCGUCUGUCUGCAGAGAAGGGCCGCCUGGAUCGCUCCCUCACCACCGCAGAGCAGGAACUGCAGAACGCACAGAGACAGAUAGCACUGCUGCAGGCCCAGCUGGCUGAGAUGGAGCAGUCCCACAGUGAGAGUGAGAGCUCUGUCCUCCAGCGUGACGAGGUGCUGCGUGAGACGGAGAAGCUGAGGGUCACCCAGAGGGAGGCAGAAAGGAUUCUGGCUGCACGGGACAGAGCCCACCGCCACCGGGUCAAAGGCCUGGAGGAGCAGGUGUCCACUCUGAAGGAGCAGCUACAGCAGGAGAUGAGUCGUAGACAGCCCUCUCUACCCACCUCCCUCAUAUCUGGGGGGAACUGAGCACUGAGCAGCGCUCCCUGUGUCCCUCCAUGGGUACUACAGCCCACUAACAGCUCCGGAACCAGUCACAUCAUCAGCUCCUCUGUCUUGACACAUGUCUUGACACGCGCCUCUCCUCCUACUCAGGGAGAAAGUCAGCGACACCACGGGAGGAGACUGUGGGUGAUAGAAGUGUCAUCCAGUACAACAGAGGAAUGAGAUCCUCAUCUCUGCCAGUAUAUACAGUUGACCAGGGUUCCCUUCCACACACACAAAGGGAGAACAGUCUGAGUCACUGUUUGAGCACUAGGCAACAAAUUGAUCAGUCCUAUGAAGAAACUACUGUACCGUCCAUCUUGAUAGUAUUUGGUUGAGAUUGACCCAACUAGUUUGCCUGGACCAAUAGAUGGACACUGUUAUAUGUAGAGCACAUGAUGGGACCACAUGAGAUUAACUAUUUAUGGUGUGUGUGUGUGUGUGUGUGUGUGUGUGUGUG